CACAUAAAAAGAUAAAAAUAGAUAUUAUUGUUGGAUUUAAAAGAGAAAAAGGAUAAAGAAACACAGUAAGAAGAAAUCUAUGGGGGGGCAGUGAUAAAAUAGUGAAAAGCAAUAGGCCUGUUGUUGCAUAUUGGGGUUCACAUGCACUCAGUUUUCAUUUCUUUUCUCUCUAUUGCUUCAGAGCAGACAGAUAAAAUCGUCGACAUACCUCAAUAAUCGUGUGUACAAACGAAAUCCAGCCGUUGGAUUGCAUUCAUUCCGUUUUGGCCUGUUGCCUGUGAAUAAAAUCCAAAUAAUAUGAGACGAUAGAGUGUUAUUAAUGGCGGAUGUGUAUAGAGAAGAGAGCGGCAGUGGUAUUAAAGCCGCGAUGGCGAAAGCCGCGGAGCUCAGAGCUCUUCAUGCUGCUCUAAUGCAGCAGCACAGCCCCGCCGCCGCCGCUAUUCCCUCUGCUUCCCCCAUUUCGCGCCAUGCUUCGCAUUUAUCUGCUCAAGAUUACCCUGUUUUCACACCUAGUUAUGAUGAUGAUCCAUUGCCAGGCUACCAGCAAAUCAUGAUGGACAGUCGAAGCUACGCCGGGAGCUGGUGCGACGGAGUUGGAAACGCAGAGGAAUCCUUCAUAUCCGACUACACAAGCGCGAAUGAAUCUUCAAGAAAAGGCCUCGCAAACACGCAUGUCUGCCCUGCCGAUCACCACCACUUGUCAUCAACAUAUCUAGUUAGAUCAUCCCCACACCAUCACUCCAAGUCAAGGAGAAACAGCAUGGGCGACAUCGCAUCGAUCUCCUCCUCUUGCAACAAAUGCAAGCCAGCAGUUAUAAGCAGCGAGCCCGAGCAAGGCCUAUCCCGAAGAGGGGGGAAGUCGAACAUCAUUGUCCCCUUGACCGACUCACACUCCUCCCUCGGCCCACAGCCGCGGACCAGAGGGCUCGCCCUGCCCUCGUGGCUGAGGCUGAAGAAGAAGAGCGAUGGAGUUGGGGUGGAGAGGCUGAGGAGGGAGCUGGCGGAGGCGAAUGAGAGCCGGGAUGCAGCGCUGUGUCAGGCCGCGGAGAUGAGGUCAUCGCUGGGCGAGCUCAAGGGCAAGCUUGAGCAUUUGGAGGGGUACUGUGAGGAGCUGAGGAAAGCUCUUAGACAAACUAAGAGAUUGUCCAUGUAUGAAAAUGUGAGUGAGGAAGCAAUGGUGGAGGGAUUCUUGCAGAUGGUUUCUGAAGCCAGGUCAUCAGUGAGGCAGUUCUGCAAGGCUCUGUUGUGGCAGGUUGCGGAGAGUGAUGAGGCUCUGAUCGUCGGCUUGAACGCGCUUCUCCAGCCGUACAAGCUGUCGCUCGCCUCAAGACACUCCAAGGCAGUGGUGUACCAUUUGGAGGCCAUCAUAAACCAGUGUCUCUACCAGGACUUUGAGAACUGUGUUUUCAGGAGGAACGGGGCAACGAAGCACUUGGACCCUCAGCAGCACCGGCAGGCGCAGUUUCAGUCGUUCGUUGCGUUGAGAGACCUCGAUUGGAACGAGGUGCUGAGGAAGGGGACCAAGUAUUAUAGUGAGGAGUUGAGCAGGUUCUGUGAUCAUAAGAUGAGUGGCAUUGUUGCGACGCUGGGGUGCACGAGGCCGUGGCCGGAGCAGCUGUUGCAGGGGUUCUUCGUGGCUGCGAAAUGCAUAUGGUUGCUGCAUUUGGUGGCGCUUUCGUUCGAGCAGCCUUUGAGGAUUCUGAGAGUGGAGGAGAAUAUGGGGUUUGAUGGAGCAUAUAUGGAGGAUAUAUUUGGAGAUAGGCAGAGAUCAUCACAAGGUGGGACUGGGAUUAGUAAUAGCACUAGUAGAGUCAAAAUCAUGGUGAUGCCUGGAUUUUAUGUGCUUGAUCAAGUGCUUAGGUGCAAGGUUCUCUGCAGAUAUAAAUCUGUGUCCUAAUCUCUUGUCAUUUUUAUAUGAAUCUGUGUCUUAGCUACUACUCAUUUCCCAUUCUAUUUUUUUUAACCCUUUUGUUGUAUUGAUUGGAUAUAUAAGGUGCAAUGUUAGCACCGAAUUCAUUGUGUAUGUGUGUUUUUCUCAAA